AUGCAGACAUCUUUGGCAAUGAAGGGUUUAUUCAAUUAUCAUAGAAACAGUGCACAAGUGUUAGCAAAACGUUUGAUAGAACCAUGUGAUGUGUUUCUCAACCAUAGAAGCCCAGACACAAAGAGGACAGUGGCAACUCUUCUCUAUGACAACCUUAGAAUGCAUGGUUUCAACCCUUUCUUGGAUGAGAAAAACAUGAAACCAGGUGAUAAAUUGUUCGAUAAGAUCAACGGCGGGGUCGUUGAGUGUAAGAUAGGGGUGGCGGUUUUCUCACCUCGUUAUUGUGAAUCUUAUUUUUGUCUCCAUGAGCUUGCUCUUUUGACAGCUUGUAAGAAGAAGGUGAUUCCCAUUUUUUGUGAUGUUAAACCUUCUCAACUGCAUGUUGUUAACCAUGGAAAUUGGUCCAAUGACGAACUUCGGCGAUUUAGAUGGGCUCUCGACGAGGCUAAGAACACCGUUGGACUCACCUUCAAUUCUUCAAAAGGGAACUUGUCAGAAUUUGUGGCUAAUGCUUCUGAGAUAAUCAUUGAAAGCAUGACAGAACUUCAGAAUGAAGAACAGAUGAAAUAUAUGCAGAUGAAACAGAUGACUGCAGGGAAUCAUUUUCGGAAACAUAUGCACUUGCCAAUUCCUGCUUAG